AUGCCUCUUGCGUACCGAACCAUACUCACUAUAAACAAUUAUCUUGACACUGACCUCCACGAUGUCGACACCAAAAUUCGAAGCGGCACAAUUUGCAGCGUCCUACCCGACUUGAUAAAAGCUGGCACACAGCAAGAAAUCUGCAUCUGUGCACCCAGUCAUUUCGCUGGAUCUAGCGGUGCGAUACUAUACAAGACUUACAACCACGCCAAACAAUGCGAUGAAAAACUUGCCUUUGAGUUCAAGUGUGUUAAUGAGGAGGCGAAUUUUGUCAAGUUUAGUAGUUCGAUGCCUGAACAGAUUGGGAUAAGAAUCGACCCGUAUACGCCUACAGACCACCCGCUAUAUGGUUAG